AUGAAUUUCUUUGCACAAACUCCAAUCUCGGAGGAGCCCCAAAGGCCUAGAAUGAGGGCGUCGGCAUCAUUGUGCACCCCUUCCGUGGUCCGAGGAAUGCACACUUUCAAGAUUUCUAGCUACAACCUUCAAAGGGGCAUCGGCGUUGAUUUUGCGAGCACCAACUCCGAGGUGAGGGCGUCCUUCGAGAUCAGGUUGGUCGACCAAGCCAACAAGCUGCCGCCAUUGGUGCUGCUCUCCCAAAAGAUGCUGAUAGUGUUUCGCUCUCAUCCGCCACCCUAUUUAGGCAAAGACUUCCUACAACCAUCCUUGUACCUACAAGAUGACAGCCUUAUGAUUGAAUGUUCUAUCACAGUUCUGGCAGAAUCUAAGGUGGCAGUAACAAUGACUUCCAUUGACAUUCAAGUGCCUCCCUCGAACCUAUCUAAUAAUCUUGGAGAAUUACUUAAGGCAGGGGAGGAAACAGAUAUCACAUUCGAGGUUAGAGGGGAGAGUUUCCAUGCACACAAGAUUGUGCUUGCAAUGCGGUCACCGGUCUUCAAAGCGGCUCUCUUUGGGCCGAUGGGCGACAGGACAAGGCGGACCAUGAACAUAGAAGGUAUACAGCCUACUAUUUUUAGUGCAUUGCUUCACUUCAUCUACACAGAUUCAUUACCUUCCAUGGGACAUCUUUAUGGAGAUAAUGGUGAAGAAAUGGUCAAGCACUUGGUCAUGGCCGCAGAUAGGUAUGCCAUGGAGAGGAUGAAGGUGAUAUGUGAGAGCAUCCUUUGCAAGAAUCUUAAUGUUCAGAACGUCACUACUACUUUAGAUCUAGCCAACUGUUAUCAUUGCAACCAACUCAAAAAUGCUUGCCUUGAGUUUAUCACUUCUCCAGAUAGAGUACAAGAUGUGGUGGCAAGUGAAGGGUAUGCUAAAAUCAAAAGAUCCUGUCCUGCUAUCAUAGCUGAUAUUUUUGAGAGGGCAACUAAGUCCCACAAAAUUUAG